AUGCCCACAUCGACACUAUGGCGCCGUGGCGCUGCCGGCCACACGUACAGAGGCACCAGUCCGGAGCCUCUAUUACCAGGCGAUAUUGAACCUCUUUCCCCUGAGCCUUCGCUCGAACCCACGGUCUCCGCCGCACGCCCUUCUACCUCCUCCGACCACAUAAGCAACACCACACCAUUGGACGGCCUCGGUCUGUCUCAUGCUGGUUCCUUACCGAAAUCUGAGCAUGUGUACCCAGAAUUAGGUAUUGACAGUCAUGGUACUGCCCGCCUGCAUACAAGGGCUACCGAGUAUCAUGAGCGCGUGGAAUAUCACCAGUCAGGUAUUCAGAGCUGGGUACCGCGUCAUACUUCUCAAAAUCGUAAUGCACGCUCAGCGAAAAGCCCCAACCAUACCCGCUCUGGCUCUACCAUCGAUGAUCUUGCAAGCGCCGCAAUUGCCAACUCUCCCACCCUCACAAAUGGCAGCCCACGCCCCUUCCAUUCGAAUGGCCAUGCGUCCGGCUACGUAGCCCCUAGGCCGUCCACCUCCCAUAUCAGUCCCACCGAGUUUCAUAAUAGCUACGAGCAUCCUGCGAAAAGAAUAAAGUCGGACCGACUGCCGACAGUCGAGUGGGGGGCGCAGCCAUCCCGACCGAUCACAAGCUACGAACCCAAUCAAAACAGACCUCCCGAUGCCGAAGCGGCGGCCCUUCUGUUGGCCCUGGGGCAAGAAGUCAACUUCAGCAAGCAAAUCACGCCCUCCAUACCACAUGCUCAACUACACCGAUCCUCCGACCCUGAACCGCAGCGAAUUAUCCCCGGCGACCGGAUGCAAACUUACGAUCGGACGGGGCAAACGCGAUGGCCGUCUCCAGACAUGAUGGAAGUCGACCAGCAUGAGCGUGAAGAAUACUUGUACGAUUUACCAGCGGCAGCGGCUGCAACAGACAGCCAGUGGGAUGGCCGGCCAUCCUCUAGUGGCCAUCAGCAACUGGAAGCUACAUUCAGCGACUCCGGCGACGCUACACGGUUCCACGAGCCUAUCGCACCUCCUCUGAAUCAGAAAAAACCUCGGCGCCUCAAGCCCGAACUUCUACAGGUUGAAGUGUGCGCUGAAUGUGGGAAGACCGAGCAGAGAAUUGCUGAUGGCGACGAGGGUACAAUCGAGUGGAUACAGUGUAAUGCAUGUAACAGGUGGUUUCACACUCAUUGUGCCGGGAUCAGAAGCAAGGCCGAGGCUCGGACGGUGGACAAAUUUAUCUGCAAGAAGUGUGAACCAGACCAUGGCUCAACGACAUAUGUUCGGACAUCUUCCCGUGCCAGAACAGCCAUUGAUUACGCUGGAUUGAACCAGGGCGUCAUCAAAUCGUCCGUUGAGACAUCUCUUCAUCACUACAUUCAACCGUUGAAGACUGGCAAAUAUGCCAUUCAGGCCGAUGAUUUCGCCAGAGUCCGACCGGAAUUACUCACCGCCGAAUUCAUGCAGAGCUUCGACAAUAUGAAGCGGCCUUUUGUCGUACCAGCUGCAUGGAAUCCUCGUUUCGGCGCGGCUCGUGAGAUCGAAAGACCAGAGUCCGACGAAUCAUCGUCCACAAUGCUCGUUGACAUUGACGGCAAACAACUGGGACCAGAUUACGGCCCCACAGAAGACGUUGUCAAAGAACGAGUGAUCGACUGUGAUCAAGAUCUUCUUGACAUGGUCAUGCCACGAGAUCUCACCGUACGCAAAGUUGCCGAGCUUGUAGGACCAGAGCACAGCCUCGGUGUGAUCGACGUGAAGACCCAGGAGACCAAAGGCAUCUGGACGGUCGGUAAAUGGGCUGAUUACUAUGAGGAACCUGGCGAGAAACCUAUACGGAAUGUCAUCAGCUUGGAAGUCUCUGAGACGCCUCUAGGCCGCGUUCUCCGCAGACCCAAGGCUGUACGAGACCUUGACCUCGAAGACAGCGUUUGGCCUUUUGAACGCUAUCCAGACAAGAAGAAAAAGUCUGUGCAGUUCUAUUGCCUAAUGUCUGUGGCGGACAGCUAUACCGACUUUCAUAUCGACUUUGGCGGGUCUUCUGUUUACUACCAUAUCCUCAAAGGCACAAAGGUCUUCUUUUUCAUCCCCCCUGAGGACAAAUAUCUGAGAAAGUACGAGCAAUGGUGCAACUCUAGCAACCAAAACGACACUUGGCUUCCAGAUCUCUGCGACGGAAACGUCACGAGGGUGGACCUCCAUGAGGGCGACACCGCGUUCAUCCCGGCGGGAUGGAUCCAUUCUGUUUGGACUCCAGAAGACAGCCUCGUGAUCGGCGGCAAUUUUCUCACUCCCAUCGAUUACGAGCUGCAGAUUAGGGUAGCUGCUAUCGAGAAGAACACUGGUGUUGGUGCGAACUUCAGAUAUCCCUUCUUCCAGAAAGUCAUGUGGUACACAUUGAUCAAGUAUCUGGAAGACGAUCCUGUACCAGGAGAUGUGAUGGAAGAUUUCCAGACAGAUCCAGACUACAUGUAUCUUCGCGCACACCCUAUCUGGCAGGAAAUCGACGAUCUGCGGAUAGAUGCUGAACCUCAGACAGCCGAGUACAACUUCAGGCAUUAUCCAAAAAGCGAGAUAAUGGGCCUAGAAGCACUGAGAGAUUAUCUUUACCGGACUGCACGCAUCGCAGCGGAUCUACCGGUAGAGAAUAUCUCCAAAAAGGCCAUCGAAGCAGUCAAGCGAUCGAUUCCAAAGGAGCAUGGUGAUCCCCUUGAGCUCAUCAAGACGUUUGCCAUCUGGUGUGCAUGGAAAAUAGGACACGAGAAAGCCCCUGGCUGGGUCUAUAGCGACGAUCAGGAGCUCCCCGAGACGGAUAAGAAGCCGAAGAAGGCCAAACCAGACAGGAUCCCAGGCGAAAGGACGUCGUCCAGAAGAGCCGCGCAAGCACAGAGCUAUGAGCAGCAAGACGAGCUGCGGAACAGGGAGCCUUCUUUUCCUUCUGUGGUCACGCCCUACAAACCUGGAGAAUCCGCGUCCGGCGUCAGCUCGGAUAUCGGCAGGAAACCCAAGCCCGCUCAACCGAAGUCAGCCAUGGUCAGAAUGGCAUGCGACGCCUGUCGAAAAAGACGCGUCAAGUGCAGGCACAGGGAAGAGCCAUUACCGACAUUGGAUGCGAAGCCUCCUUUCUCGCGAAGUCAGAGCCCUCUUGAAUUUGUCGCCAUGCAGGAUGGGCUCGUGCCAACUUCUGGCGACAAUUUUCUGCAGCUCAAUGGAACUCCGAGCUCGAACUCUACCGCACCACAAAACAACCUCUUGUCCAUGGAUGCGCAAAUGACGGAUCCACCCAAUUUUAUGACAAAUGGUCUUACACCGCCUUCUAGUAAGAAGAGCCGGAGCAAGGCCUGUGAUGAGUGCCGCAAAAGCAAGCGUCGGUGUGUGCAUGAUGAGUUCGGUAGAGUUGACCCAGCGAAGGCCGCGGAGCCAGCCAAGCCUCGCGGGUCAACAAGCUCAAAGAGACCUGCUCGACCUAGCGAUGGAGACAUACAGGUCAAGCGAAGCAGAUUGGACAGCUCCGCGUCCACCAAAGUCCCUGUUGACAUCGAAGCUAUGAUUGACCCAGCUUUACUUGGCGAUCCGGCCGGCAAUCACGAGCAACUGAAUAACAGUGUUGAAAUCGACUACAACCAGACCGAACCAGCAGUGUUCAGUUCUGCGCACACAGAUGCCAUGCAAGUCGAUAGUAUGCCUGCCAGGUCUCUUACCUCUGCAAGCACAACCGUAAAGGAAGAUCCGGACCAGAUCCAACCGAAUCCCUCAGCCCAUCAACCUACGAUUGAACUUUCGACAGGCUAUGCCGUGCCCGAGCAUGCGAUUGAUGACGAGCUGGAACCUGAGUCAGAACCGAAGGGGGAAAGAACGCCACAUACCAGCAAUUCACCUGUUUCGCAACGACACUCUUCACGGCAGCCCAAGCAGGUGCAGAGGUUCAUUCCAGAAGCCCAUCGGUCACCGAGCAAGGCCCAACCGAAUCCCGCCCGUCGUGGUUCCAGUGCUGUCAGCGGACAUACUGUCAUCAAUAGCACAAAGAGCCGGCGCUCAUCCAGCAAUACUUCGGCUACGAUAUUUAAUGGUUUGUCAGCGUCCACGAAAGGACAAGCAACCGUUGAAGCGAUAGCUCGGCCAGGUAGUAAAGGUCGAGAAAGUACAGCCGAGAGCGACCUAGACCCCGACGAAAAGCUAGCUCGGGAUUUACAUGCGGAGGAGCAUGGUUUGAGGAGGAGGCAAAGCAUGAGAGUUUAG